AUGGACAAGGUGAGCGCUAAGCAGCUGACUGACUUCUUCUACACGAACGUCGCCGUCACCGCGAAGGACGUGCUGUACGGCUCCUUCGUUAACGGCACGGCGUGCGCUGCGGCUGCGGCCGGCGGUGCUGGGUGCGGCAAGAACUACGGGGCGACGCGCAUUUCUGUGUGGUCGCUUGCCCGUGCGCUGGACCCCGCCGUGCCCGUGCUGUUUCCCGCCGUGACCCCGACGAUGGAGUACGCGAAGCCCGCUGCGCGCGGACUGACGGAGCCGCAGCUGAUCGGCACCAUCGUCGGCAGCGUCGUUGGCGGCCUGCUGCUUGUGGGCGUGGCGGCUCUGCUGCUGCGCUUCUGCCGCGACUCGCGCGACAACGCGAAUGCGCCGAAGGAGCCGACGGACCCCGUGACGCUCGUGUUCACCGACAUCGAGAGCAGCACGGCGCUGUGGGCUGCGUGCUCGGAGUUGAUGCCCGACGCUGUGGCGACGCACCACCGGCUGAUCCGCGCGAUGAUUGCGAAGUACCGCUGCUACGAGGUGAAGACGGUCGGCGACUCGUUCAUGAUUGCGUGCAAGAGCGCGUUCGCGGCGGUGCAGCUGGUGCGGGAGCUGCAGCAGGUGUUCGUGCAGCACGACUGGGGGACGGCGCGCUCGACGAGGCGUACCGCAAGUUCGAGGAGGGCCGGGCGGAGGAGGACGCGGAGGAGUACGUGCCGCCGACGGCGCGCCUGGACGCCGCGGUGUACCGGCAGCACUGGAACGGCCUGGCGGGUGCGU